UAUGGAUGUGAUUCAUACUUCCUGUUGUUGUCAGCCCUGAUUCAUAGGAUCAUGGUUGACCGAUUGGUAAAUAGCGAAGCCAAUGCCAGGCGUAUUGCUAUGGUCGAAAACUGCUUUGGCAGUUCUGGCCAGCCACUUGCAGUACCUGGAAGAGUUUUGGUUGGCGAAGGAGUCUUAACUAAAAUGUGUAGAAAGAAACCAAAACCAAGACAGUUCUUUCUAUUCAAUGAUAUAUUGGUUUAUGGAAACAUUGUAAUCAACAAAAAGAAGUAUAACAAACAACAUAUUAUACCGCUCGAAGAAGUAAAACUGGAAUCUUUGGCCGAUGAUGGUCAAUAUCGUAAUGGUUGGCUUAUAAAGACAUUAACAAAAUCAUUCGCUGUUUAUGCUGCCACUGCAACAGAAAAACAAGAAUGGAUGGCUCAUAUUACAAAGUGCAUCGAAGAUUUAUUAAGAAAGAGUGGUAAGAAACCAGUUGAAAUUCAUGCAGCUGUUUGGGUACCAGAUAAUGAAGCCACAAUCUGCAUGCAUUGCAAUAAAACACAGUUUACAGUUUUAAAUAGACGGCAUCAUUGUAGACAGUGUGGAGCUGUAGUAUGUGGACCUUGCAGCAAUAAAAAAUUGUUGCUGCCAGGACAAGGAAAUGGAAAAGCAGUUAGAGUUUGUUUACAAUGCUUUGAUGCAGCUAGUAAAGUAAAAGCCUCUUCACCGACUACUGAUAGCCUGAAUAACAAAUAUCAGCAGCGUAAUUCUGCUGAUAGUUCAGGAGGAGACAGCUCUGGUGACGAUGAUGAUGGGAAUAAGGAAGAAAAUCAUGAUGAGCCUAAAUUUUACUCUACACUUGCUCGAUGAAGUUAACCAGAUGAUCAUUAAACAAAGAUACCUACAGAUUAAGUCGUUAUUCACAACUAUAUUUUUAAAAAUUAAAUAACAUGAAUUUCUUAGUAAUAAACACUUUUAGUAACCGAAUAUCGCUAAAACUAUUUUUAAAUUAUAUUACUGCAGAGAACUAAGCAACAAAUGUCUGUUAUAAGAUUAAUGAGAUCAAUGUGAAAUGCGAAUAUUGUAAUAAGCGAAAUAUAUAAUAACAAACAAUAUAAUAUUCCUAUCAGCUA